AUGCUUGAGAAAACUGAAAUCUUUUUCACUGAAAACUCACAUGAAGAUUUAUCUCAACAUGAAUCACCAGAAGCCAAUAUAAAAUAUCAAUUUUACGAUUUUUUUGGGACACUUUUUAAGUCAGGCUAUAUGUCAAAUUUGAACAAAAAGAAACAGAUUUUCAUUGAUGUGGUUAUUAGCAUAAUAUUUUCGCUCCAAUUGAAUUCUUUUUGCUGAUAUUCCAACAUGAGUAUUACCAAUUGAAGCAGUUAUAAAUUUUUUUGGGAAUGUUUAGGAUAUUUUAACAUAGAAAAUCUUUGCGAAUUUUUUGAUAUUUUUGAUGUUUGUUUCUAUGGAGUUUUCGCAUAUGUAUCUUAUGUGAUAUUUAUAAUAUUAUCCUUAGGAAUUUUAAAAAUUUAUUGAAAAUUCACUCCUGAAUACAUUGUCUUGGUCUCUCAAAAAUUCAUUUUCCCAUUAGCUUAUUUUACUUUUAUACCAAUUUUGACAAUACUAGUAGUAGGCUUUAAGUACUUGACAAAUACUCAAACAAAACAAGCCAAAUAUGACACAAAUUCUAAUCUUAAGAGUAUUAGCAUUGGGAUCUAUGGAGCAAUUUUUUGCAUUAUUUAUAUUGCAUUUUUUUUUAUUUUUGCAAUUUCUUAUGAAAUGCUCACAGCAGAGCUUCGUCAUUCCAGCUCAAAAAGAAAUAUAAAAGCGAAAUCUAAUUCUGAGCUCGACAUUUUACUCAUUAUUUUUUAUGGGCUUAUAUGUAUUCUGUACUACUGCUUUGAUGAAAGCACAGUCCUGUAUUUGCAAUGUUUUCAAGCAAUUUUUUCAAGUAUUUUUACCUAUUUAUUUAUAAAAAAUAUGCCUUAUUAUAACACUUACGCAAAUUCUAUUCAAGCUUGUGGACUGUGUAGCCUCUCAGUGACUUCUUUAUCUUUUUUCUUUGCAGAAUUUAUCAAUGAUACCUCUAUCACUAUCAUAUUUUUUUUAUUUUUACAGCCAAUUUUAAUGACCUUAGCAAUUAGGAGAAUCAAAUUAAACCAAAUCAAAAUUCAAAAUUAUUCUUUUAAUAAUCAAUCAGAAUUUGAACUGAAAAUUCGAAAUUUAUUAAUUAAUUAUGAAGAUUCCAACAAAGAUUUGAUUUUUGAAAUGUUUUCAAAAUUUUCAAAUGAUAAUAAUAUCAAAAAAAGCGAUUUAUACGUAAUAUGAGAAACCAAUUUUUGUUUAUAUACGUUAAAUGAUAUCAGACUAGCAAGGGUUAAACUUUUAAAAAUUAAAAAUCUAUAUUCCACAAUAGAAGGCGGUGUGCAAAAAUGGAAAAUCGAUAAAAAAAUAAAAAAUGAGAAUUUAUCAGAUAUGAGAUAUAAAAGUUUCAGAUUCUGUAGAAAAUAUUAUCAACCUUUAUAUCUCUCUUACAAGCAAAUACAGAAAUAUUGAGGUUUUUGAUUUUUACAGUAG